AUGUCGUGGCUCCAGUACAAGCACACCACCGUAGAGCAGCUCAAGUCAGAACAGCUCGAGUCAGAGGUUGAGAAGCUAAAAGCAAAGCUCGAGCAUACGAGCAUGAGCUUGCACGAAGCCGACACCGACGCCAGUCACCUCCGAGAUGAAGUUUGGGAAUUGAAGAUCGAGCUUCGCCAGGCCAAGAACAAGCUCUCCGAUCAAGAGAAGGACGAGUACAAAGCCAUCAUCGAAUCUGCUCCCAAGCGACGUAGAGUUACUGCCUACGGUGGCGACGAAGCUCUUCGAACACCUGCAACGCCAUACCAGGUAGUCUCUAGGCAGGUCUCAGAGUCCCCCGCCGCGUCCGCGGGUGCCGAUGUCGCCGCCCCGCCUCAGCUGUUCGCUCGAGACUUGACUCCUCUUGUCGCACAAAGCCAUCAUCAACGUUAA